GCCAUGGAAUGGUACCUCAAAGCCAGCGGCAGUGGAUCGGCAGAUGUCAAGUAUGAUAUCGGUCGUAUGUAUCAUCAUGGGGUCGGCGUCCAACAGGACUACUCUAAAGCAAUGGAGUGGUACCUCAAAGCAAGCGACGGUGGGGUACUAGCAGCCAACGGCACCAUCGGUCACAUGUACCGCAAUGGUCUCGGGGUGGAGCAAAACUACACCAAGGCUAUGGAGUGGUUUCUCAAAGCAAGUGAAGGAGGGGAUAUAGACGCCAGGUACAACAUUGGACGUAUGUACCACCGUGGCCUUGGGGCGAAACAGGACUACGCCAAGGCUAUGGAAUGGUAUCUUAAAGCAAGGAAAGGCAAGUUGGCGAGAGCUACGAACAAUAUCGGUUAUAUGUACUUCCACGGCCAUGGCGUGCAGCAGGACUAUGAUAAGGCUAUGGAGUGGUAUCGCGAGGCGAGCACUGCUGGAGACCCAGAAGCCGGGUGCAACAUCGGCCUCAUGUAUUCCCGUGGCCGCGGCGUUGAGCAGGACUAUACUAAGGCUAUGGAGUGGUACGUCAAGGCAAGCGAUGAUGGGUCGGCGAUUGCCAGGAACAAGGUCGGCCUCAUGUAUUUCAAUGGCCUCGGUGUCAAGCAGGACUUUGGCAAAGCCAUGGAGUGGUAUCUCAAGGCAAGCGAGGGCGGAAAUAUAGAGGCAAAGUACAAUGUUGGCCUCAUGUAUUACCAUGGCCUCGGUAUUGAGCAAGAUUGUGCUGAAGCUAUGAAGUGGUUCCUUAAGGCUGGCAAUGGUGGAGUGCCGAUGGCCAAAUUUCACGUCGGUAACCUGUAUUAUCAUGGCCUCGGCGCGGAGCAGGAUUAUACUGAGGCUAUGGAGUGGUACGUCAAGGCAAGCAACAGUGGUGUGGCAGCAGCCAUGAACAAAGUCGGUCUCAUGUACGAACAAGGCAUCGGUGUGAAACAGGACUACAUCAAGGCUAUGGAGUGGUACGCAAAGGCAAGUGGUGGUGGUGCGGCGGGUGCCAAGUUUAGCAUCGGCAGAAUGCACCAUCAUGGCAUUGGCGUCAAACAAGACUAUGGCGAAGCUAUGGAGUGGUACCUCUUGGCAGCCGACGAAGAAGACACGGAUGCCAUAUACAGCGUCGGCAUCAUUUACUACAAUGGCCUCGGGAUAGACCAGGACUACGGUAGGGCGAAGAAAUGGUUCCUCAAGGCAGACGAAGGCGGACAUAUCCAGGCCCUGUACCCCCUUGGCAACAUGUACGCCAACGGACUGGGAAUGAAGAAAGAUUUGCUGAUGGCCAUCGAGUGCUAUCAGAGGGCAUGUCAGGAGGGU